UGGCGCCAGCCAUUCGUCGAUGUUGCUCUUUUAAUGAUGACUUCCUGCAUGAUUUCCGAGGUUGUAAGCAUGAACAUGGACAUUGGACACUGGACUCAGCGAGAGCGAAGGCUUCUCUUUACUCUCAUAUUUAUGAGCGUUUUUGCCUUCUGCCUUUUUGUUACGGCCACAGUCCUUGGAGAGAGAGCAAGGGAAAGGGGUUACGAGCUGGAACAGGAGCGAAGUAAAACUUUGCCGACACCGGUGCCCAAUGUGACGAUACCGACAACGGUUUCUUCAUCCGAAAUACCAAAUUCGACUGCAUCAUCCGAAGCGACAUCCUCGUCGUCUGGGAGCUCAGGUGUGACAAAGGCCACGACAGAGUCAAUGUCGACGGCGACACAGCCUUCCUCCAUCGUCCAGCAGUCAAGCCCACGAACAGCCUAAACUAAUUACGAUAUUAUUUUUUUGUUUCGUCCUAAAAUCAGGCGAACAACUCGGUGAGGCCACUGAAAUAAAACAAAAUGUGGGUUACACGCGGCAUGCAUGGGGCCUGGAAAGUGUCUCCUACUGGCAUGAUUAACGCCCUAUUCCACUCAUGCAUAGAAAAGGGGUCCCAAAGUGGCAACAAACGGCGUCACAGAAACAUGGAGUGUCACACGCUGUCGGACAUGGCGCGAUCCUGGUAGUUGGUCGUCGAAGUUCCGGCAAAAAGCACGAGCGAACGCGAGUGUCGCUGUUGUCGCAGCGUCCCGACUCCUGGCUGCCGAGGCUUCUGUUGACUGUCAAGCAGGAGAGCGAUCUACAGCGAACAGGCGCCUGUCACAUCCACUAGCGCUGCUGUGACACCGCCAGGAUCGCGACCGGCGACAGCAUGAUGCUUCUGUGACGUCAUAGGGCGAAGAUUGAGGGACCAGAUUUUCGGACCCGGUAAACACACCAGUCGGAGACGCGUUUUGGACACCGUAGUAUUGCUAGAAUAACUGUACCCCAAAGUACGUUCUAUGAGAUGACACACUAUUAUAAUUGACAGAAAAAAAUAAUCGUGAAUAGCAAACAUAAACUGCGGUAUUACAUAAUUUGUUUUUCUGUUUGGAAUGUUCAAAUUAUACAGGCAUCGUUAAAAUUAUUGACAAUGAGCCGCGGCUGUAGGUAAAAGCUAUCUUAAGUGACGGGGUAUUUUGAAAACUCGAAAUGGCGUAAAGUCUCCUUACAUGCUUUCGGUAAAUGGUUGUUUGGAACGAUUUCUUACAUAUUUAUUUCUCAGCCACGGAACGACUAGAAGAAGCUGGUUAAGCACGAUUGGUCCAAUAAAACUGAGACGGUAUACUAAUUUUAUUGACAGCAA